GUCUUCCAACAGUCGCUCGCUCCACAUUUAUCAAGCCAAAAAGCACACUGGCACUGCCGCGGCGGCACACCCCACUGCGGACCAUCGCCACCGGCGCGCGCGCGCGAGAGAGAGAGAGAGGGAGGGAGAGUGAUAGAGUGGGGAGAAGAAAGAAUUAAUCUUUGCCGACACCACACUGCAUCUCCUUCCUCAAGCAAGCAUGGCAGAUUGGCAGCACCAUCGAGCACCUUGUUCUGAGCCAUGAGAGGAGCAUAUAUUAGCUGUCACUCCGUGGUGGUCGAUCGCCAUGGUCAUGUGAUGUUCUAGAGGAAGGAGCCAAGAUAAUAAGCAAGGAGAUAGCAAAAAGGACGGAUUUUUUUGUUUCUUCCCAGAGGGGGGUGUGUGAGAGAGAAAGGGGAAGGGAAUGGCGGCGCUGGCCGCCGCUUUGGUCGGCGUCCUCCUCUCCCUCGCGGCGGUGGCGGAAGCCGGCACCGACGGCGGCGAUGUUGCGGCGUUGGGGAAUCUGUACACCUCCUGGAAUAACCCGGCUCAGCUCACCGGCUGGUCAGCCGACGGCGGCGACCCUUGCGGCGCCGCGUGGAUGGGCGUCUCCUGCGCAGGCUCUGCCGUCACCUCAAUCAAGCUUUCUGGUAUGGGGCUGAAUGGCAAUCUUGGCUACCAACUAUCCAAUCUGCUAGCAUUGAAGACACUGGACUUGAGUAACAACAACUUGCAUGAUUCAAUUCCUUAUCAGUUGCCACCGAAUCUCGCAUAUCUGAAUUUGGCGAGCAAUAACUUCUCUGGUAACCUUCCAUUCUCGAUAGCCAACAUGGUUUCGCUCAACUAUCUCAAUCUCAGCCACAACUUACUAUUUCAGGAAAUGGGUGAAAUGUUUGGAAAUCUCAGUUCACUUUCUGAACUAGAUGUAUCUUUUAACAGCCUGACAGGCAAUUUGCCUAUUUCUCUUAGCUCUCUGUCAAAUAUUUCUAGCAUUUACAUGCAAAAUAACCAACUAUCGGGCUCAGUCAAUGUCCUCGGCAACCUAAGCCUUACUACACUAAACAUAGCAAACAACAAUUUCAGUGGUUCGAUACCACAACAACUCAGUUCAAUUCCAAAUUUGAUACUUGGAGGAAAUUCAUUUCUCAAUGUUCCUUCAUCUCCGCCAUCUAUUAUCACUCCAACACCUCAGGGUCAACCAGACUUUCCUCAAGGACCAACAACUGCUCCAAAUAUCCCUGAGAUUCCUAUUGAUCAAGGGAGUGACAAGAAGCAACGUCUGCAAACUGGUCUGCUUAUAGGGAUAGUUGUUGGCUCAAUGGCUGCUGCCUGCGUUGUACUUUUCUCAUUGGUAGUGUGCCUUCACAACUUCCGGAAAAGUAAGGAUGGUGGUAUCAGUGAAUCAAAAGAUAUUUCAGGUUCUUUUGCAGUCAACAUUGAUAGAGCUUCUAACAGGGAAAUCUGGGAUCACACCCGUCAAGAUGCACCUGUGGCAAGUUCUGUGCUACCACCCACUGGAAAAAUGACUCCUGAGAGAGUACAUGGUACAAAUGGUUCUAUAGCAAAGAAGAUAAAAGUCCCUGUCACAGCAAAUCCAUAUACAGUUGCUUCUCUGCAAGUUGCUACAAACAGCUUCUGCCAAGAUUCGCUCUUAGGUGAGGGUUCGCUUGGGCGUGUUUACAAGGCUGACUUCCCCAAUGGAAAGGUACUUGCAGUGAAGAAGAUAGACAGUGCCUCACUUUCCUUGUAUGAAGAAGAUAAUUUCCUUGAGGUUGUAUCUAGCAUUUCACGACUUAGGCACCCAAACAUUGUGCCACUUACAGGCUAUUGUGUUGAACAUGGACAAAGGCUUCUUGUGUAUGAGCACAUUGGAAAUGGUACAUUGCAUGAUAUAUUGCAUUUUUCUGAUGAAAUGAGCAAGAACCUUACAUGGAACACCCGUAUGAGGAUAGCGCUAGGCACUGCUCGAGCUUUAGAGUACCUGCAUGAGGUGUGCUUGCCCCCUGUUGUACAUAGAAACUUAAAGUCAGCAAAUAUCCUGCUUGAUAAAGAGUACAGUCCUCAUCUGUCUGACUGUGGCCUUGCUGCACUGACACCAAAUCCUGAGAGAGAGGUUUCAACUGAAGUGUUUGGAUCUUUUGGAUAUAGUGCCCCAGAGUUUGCCAUGUCAGGCAUAUAUACUGUAAAAAGUGAUGUGUAUAGUUUUGGAGUAGUGAUGUUAGAACUAUUGACAGCACGCAAACCGUUAGACAGCUCUAGAGAGAAAUCCGAACAGUCUCUUGUCACAUGGGCUACUCCACAGCUUCAUGACAUCGAUGCUCUUGCGAAGAUGGUUGAUCCAGCAAUGGAUGGGAUGUACCCUGCAAAAUCUCUCUCCCGUUUCGCCGAUAUAAUUGCGUUGUGUGUCCAGCCUGAACCGGAGUUCCGGCCACCGAUGUCCGAGGUUGUCCAGCAACUGGUGCGCCUGGUGCAGAGGGCAGGCAUGGUGAGGCGUCAGUCAGGAGAGGACGUAGGGCUUUCAUACAGGGGCCCUGACCGCGAGGGAGGCACAGCAGACGUCUUCUUCUGAGACCAAAAAUUCCUCUCAGCGAUACAAAGUUCAGUACAAA